GCCAAGUUGCAGAGUGCAGCUCAGCCUCGAUAGCGGCUGCUUCCUAACCGGGGCUUCUCGGAGAGCAUCGCGCUCCCAUGUGCGCUGCUGUGCCCGCUGGAUGUUGAAAUCGCGCCGUGCGCAUCGCCAGGAGCCACCAUGUCCAACCCGACCCACGACCCCUUCUACUCCUCUCCGUUCGGACCUUUCUACAGAAGACACUCGCCCUACAUGGUCCAGCCCGAGUAUCGGAUCUACGAGAUGAACAAGCGGCUGCAGGCGCGCACUGAGGAAAGUGACAGUUUGUGGUGGGAUGCCUUUGCUACCGAGUUUUUCGAGGAAGAUGCUACCCUCACCCUCUCUUUCUGCCUCGAAGAUGGACCAAAGAGAUACACAAUCGGCCGGACGUUGAUACCCCGUUAUUUCAGCACAGUGUUUGAAGGCGGCGUUACCGAGCUCCAUUACAUCCUGAAACACUCCAAGGAGUCCUUCCACAACUCCUGCAUCACCCUGGACUGUGAUCAGUGCACCAUGGUCACCCAGCACGGGAAGCCAAUGUUUACAAAGGUUUGUACAGAGGGUAGGUUAAUACUGGAGUUCGCCUUUGAUGAUCUGAUGAGGAUCAAGACAUGGCACUUUACUAUCAGGCAGUAUCGGGAGCUCAUCCCGCGCAGCAUCCUGGCCAUGCAUGCACAAGACCCUCAGGUGCUGGAACAACUGUCCAAAAACAUCACACGCAUGGGUUUGACCAACUUCACCCUCAACUACCUCAGGUUGUGCGUCAUCUUGGAGCCCAUGCAGGAGCUCAUGUCGAGGCACAAGACCUACAACCUCAGUCCCCGCGACUGUCUCAAGACAUGCUUAUUCCAGAAAUGGCAGAGAAUGGUAGCGCCACCAGCUGGACACCCACAGAACUUCAAAACGGAAAUAUUUCCCACAAAUCACAAAAAAGCUGGUCGCGCCAAAGCUGAGCCUGCCCGACAGACAACGACGAAGAGGAGGAAACGGAAGAACUCAGCCAGCAGCGCCAACAGCAGUGUGGGCACAGCCGCCAGCAAGAAGCGCAGCCCCGCCACCAACUUCAGCCUCUCCAGUCAGGUACCUGUAAGCAUCAGCUCCUCUCGGUUUGCCUCUUCUUUUAUCUACAUACAGCCAUUUUGCAGUAUUUUUUUUUUUCUUUAAGCAUCUCAGAAAGGA